UAUGUGCCACUCCAAAGACGUCGGGCCUCUAAUCAGGCUGGCAUAGUCAGGACGUGGUAGCAUACUUCAGGGCCCCGGUUAGAAAAUAUCCCGCAUCGCUAAAUAACUAUAACGCAGAAGCAUUUAUAUAAGCGAAAGAAGCAUCAUAUGAUUGUCCCUUCGGGGACAUCCGAUAAAAUUGGAACGAUACAGAGAAGAUUAGCAUGGCCCCUGCGCAAGGAUGACACGCACAAAUCGAGAAAUGGUCCAAAUUUUUUUCAUUUUUUUUUCCACAUUUUUACAGCUCUGUUUCUUUUUUUUUUUUUUCUGGGUUUGGUGUUCAUAUUCAUGGUUUUUUUCUUUCUUCCUUUUACUGGGUUCGGUCUGUUUUACUCUCUUGAACUGUGAAUUUGAUUUGAUUUUUUUUUGCCAUUUUUUCAGCUUUGUUGCUUUUUUCCCCCUGGGUUUAGUUUUCAUGUUCAUGGGUUCCGCGCACUUAAGAUUGCAUUAGAGUUUUUUUUUUUUCCUUUUUUACUGGGUUUUGGCCAGAUUUACUCAGUUGAACCGUGAAUACCUCAAGUUUUCUGGGAAUAAAUUGGUGUUUAUAUAUUUGCUGGUCAACAGUGCUAAUUUUCAGAUAUAUUGGCCAGAAUUGAAGGAAGAAGGCACUUAAAUCUUCCAUUGAAAUGGAGAACACCAACUACGAGGAGGAGCUGAAGAAUGAUCGCAGGCUUGUUUGCAAUCUCAUCUAUGAGAUUAAUUGCAGAAAAGAAAAGUUGCCCCAAAUGGAACGUGAAUAUAACGAGAUGAUCACAACUCUUCGAGGACUCAUCAAUGGCCUCAUAGCAAAAAUUAACUCCAAGGACAGUAAUCUGUGGGGUUGGGAGCUUCAAUAUAAUGUAACUGUGAGACAGUUGAAGGGCAAGAAUGCUGCAUUGUGCCGUGCGUUUGCUGAAUGUACUUUAGAUUAUAUAUGCAAUUCGAAAAGGAAAAGCUGGAAACUUUAAGCUAAGUUGUUUUCCUUCACUUGCUAAAAUGCUUGCCUCGUGAGACUCGAAUUUCGAUGCAAGAAUCUAAUUAUGUGUUGAUAAUCGAAUACAUAACGAGUUUCUUGAGCAUGAGUAUCCUUGAGUAGCAAAAUGAUGGCAAAAAGUUGAUUUUAUCCUUCUGUUUUUCCUGUAUGUAUCCCAUGCAAUAUCAAAAUACUAAUUGACUGGUUUCUACUGCUAUCAUUCAUGAUGUAGUAUAUGCAGGGAUUUAAUGCCUCUCAAUCAACCAUUGGAAUCAAAAGAAUGGGAGACCUUAAUCCGGAACCUUUUAUAGAUGAAUGAAGAUGAUGAAAGAUUGAAGGAACUGAGGAAUGAAUGUGGCAAAAUGAUCUACGAGGUUGUAAUCGAUGCAUUACUGGAAAUGGAAGAGUAUAAUCCAAGUGGGAGAUACGUAGUUUCCAAGCUGUGGAAUUUCGAAGAGGAUAAAAAAGCCAGCUUAAAAUAAGCUAUCAAGAACCUCAUCCCCGAGCGAAGCAUACAACAAGUUGAUCCCUUCACUUAUCGAGCAGAUGUUUACAGCAAGAAGAAGAAAAAAGAAGACAAACGGCAACGUUAAGCCAUUUUCAUCCCAGGCACUUAAUCUUCCAUUAAAAUGGAGAAAACCAACUACGAGGUGGAGCUGAAGAACGAGCGAAGGCGUGUUUGCAGUCUCUUAUACGAGAUUGAUCGCAGAAAACAACAGUUGUUCGAAAUGGAACGUAAAUAUAACAACACGACUGCGACUCUUCAAGGACUCGUUGAUGGCCUUGUAGCGAAAAUUAACUCCAAGGACAGUUGUUUGUGGGAUUGGGAGCUUCGAUAUAACGAAACCGUGAGACAGUUGAAGGGCAAGAACGCGGCGUUGCGCCGUGUGUUUGCCGAAGAAAAUCGAAAGGACAAGGCUGAAAACUUCAAGCUGAGGUGUGAACUUAGACGACGAACCAAGGAACUCGAAGAUUAUAAAUCUCGGAAUGAUAACAAUAUGGAACGAAGAAGCUUGUUGAAUGAAAUUGAAGCGCCGAAAGAGAAUGUGCCUUGUCGAGAUCUUGUUGAGCUCGAGAAAACUACGAGCGAGCAGAUUGCUGCUCUAAAGGAACAAUUGGAGGAAACAUCAGAGGCAUUGAAAGAUAUGGAAAGCCGAUACAGUUGUCUUACGAUGAAACAAAUCUUAACUAAUCGAGAACUGCAAGAUGCUCGAAAAGAAUCAAUAAGUGGUCUAAAUGAUGUAUUGACAAGCCGAACAACUCUUGUAGUAAAAAGAAUGGGAGAGAUCAAUCAAAAAGCUUUUGAAGUUGCUAGCUCCGGGAAGUUCCCGGACGAAGAUUGGCAAGAAACGUGUGCUAAAUUAUGUUCAUUAUGGCAGCAAAACGUGCAGGAUCCAAAAUGGCACCCGUUUAAGAUGAUCAAUAUCCGAGGCAACUUGCAGGAAAUAGUAGACGAAGACGACGAGAAGCUGAAGGAGUUGAGAAAUGAAUACGGUGAUGUUGUGUACGAGGCUGUUAGGACCGCAUUGAUGGAAAUGAACGAAUAUAAUGCGAGCGGAAGAUAUGCAGUCCCCGAGAUUUGGAACAGAAAGGAAGGAAGGAAAGCCACCAUGAAAGAAAUCAUUCAGUACGUAAUCGGGCAACUGAAGAUUCAUAAGCGUAAACGAAAGCAAAUUCCGUGAUCUCGAUCCGGCUAUUUUCAUGGUACCGGAUAAUGUCAGCCCCUAUGACUAUGUAAGCCUUGAAGCAUCCUUCCUUAUUGCAUGUCUUUUCCUACUUUGGCAAUGGUGUGCUUUCUUUGACUCUAACUACUCCUUUUAGAUAAAAAUUCCAAAAAUAAUAGAUAUUAUAUGAGGAAUGGUUGGUUGAAGAAAGAAAAAGAAAAAAAUAAAAAA